AUGUCUUUAGAAUCUGAUGGUUUACAUCAUGGGCAGGAAUCACAGACUCCACAAGCCCCAAAGUUAGGGGUGAAAGUUGGUGUAAAGCAGGAGCAGAAACAAGAGACUCAAGGAGCCCCAGCGCCAGGGGAGAAGGAUGGUUUAAAUCUGGAGCAGGAAUCAGCAACUCAGCGAGAUUCAGAGCCAAGGGAGAAAGAACCUCCUACAGUGAAAAGAAAAACACUUCUGGAAGUUCUCUCAAAUUUAAACCUGGAUCAGCACAGAAACAGCAAGCUGAAGCCAAGGACUGUCCUGGAAAUCAGCCAAGAAAGUACAAAGACCAGCACUCCUGAGUCAUUAACAAAGUUACCUUGGCACUUCCUAAGAAAGGUGAUGGCUCUGAAUGUGAUGGCAAGAAACACAAGCCUUGUUCAAAAUGCUGAUGAAGAAAAUGAUGACGAUGAGGAAGAGCUGGAUACGAUGGAGGAUUUGUUUUUUCAAAAUGACACUGACACAUGUGAUUAUCUCAAUCCACUUGAUGUUCUCUGCGCCGUACUGCUUUGCUCAGACAGUUUCCUACACCAGGAGAUCCUGUUAAAAAUGUCCAUGUGCCAGUUUGCCCUCCCUCUGCUGCUACCUGCCCUCGACACCCCCACGUGCACCCUAAUGCUGUGGGCCAUGAGGGACAUUGUGAGGAAGUGGAGGCCGCACUCCCUGGCAGAGAGCAGAGGGUUCAGAGAGGAGAGCCUGGUGCUCACAGCAAUGCCAACCAUUUCCUUUGUGCGGCUGGGGAGCUGCAGCUUCUCCAAGUCCCAACUCCUCAAUGAGGUUCUCAGCCCCUCCCAGCAGCACCACGAUUUCUUCAUCCAUCGGGACAUGGAGUCUGGGAACGUCCCUCGGGAAAUCGCAAAUGGGCUGGUCGAGAUUUCCUGGUAUUUCCCUGCUGGGUUGGAGAACUCAGAUCUGUUCCCAGAGCCCAUCGCGGUAACAAACCUGCGCGGAGACAUUGAGUCGCACCAGCUGCAGUUUCGCUUUUUAACACAGGUCUCCUCAGCUGUGUUCAUAGUUACUGAGAGCAUCAGUGAGAGAGAGCAUGCACUGUUAUCAUCUCUGCAGGGAUCAGUUACUAAAUGCUACUUUAUCCUCAGUUCCCCCACUGGGAAACAUAAUGAAAUACCGGGACUCUUUAAAAAGUUACCAGAGCUAUCGCAACUGAAACAGCCACAAAUACUAAUGAAAAACAGCAGCAACAAUAAGGCAGCGUUUUUGAAAAAAAUCCAAUCCAUCAUAAGAAACAUAAUAAAGUCUCCUCCCAUAAUAGAAGAUUUGGAGCACAUGGCUGUGACAGCACGUGAACUAGGAAUCCAGGUGGAUGAGGACUGUGAGGAAUGUCAGAGUGCGAGCAAGUGUGCGAAAGAGAUCACUGAGGAAAUACAAGAUGUAGUAUCAUACAAAAGGAAAGAACUGAAACUCCAAGGGGAACUCUGGAAAAAUUUGGCUAAGGUAGAGAAGGAGCUUUGUCAAAUGAAAGGACGAAAAGACACCAACCCUGAGAUCUAUAAAUCUCAACUGAAAGAGAAAAUAUCAGAGUUACGCACACAGCAGAAUAAAUGUGACCUUCCUGAUACUGUGAAGAGAUUUAUUGGUGGGAUAAGUCCACUACCUCAAGUUGAAAGAUAUUUCCUCAAAUGGAUGAAAUUUUAUCUGGAUCACAUUGCUAGGGAAAACCUUUCUAAGCUGAAGGAUCUGUAUAAAGAAAACUGUAAAGGUGAUGACCCCCAAAAGUUAGCAACAUUAGAUAAGUCAAUUUCUGAUAGUUCCUUAGGGGUGGAGCAUUUCAUGCGUGAGUUGGGGCAGUUUUAUGAGGCUGAAUGUUCAAUGGUCCAGGAAGGCAAAAUACUAAAAAGCCAAGGGAAAUACACCCAUCUCCCAGGCAUAGCAGCUGACCUGAUGCUGGAAGGGUUUCCCAUGGAGCUGAUCGAUGGGGAUGCCUCCAACAUCCCACUGCAGUGGGUGACAGAUGUUCUGACUGAGCUCCAUGCCAAGCUUGGGGGAAGGUCCAGAAUGGUGGUUCUAACGGUGCUGGGAGUGCAGAGCACUGGGAAAUCCACUCUCCUCAACACCAUGUUUGGCCUGCAGUUUGCAGUGAGCAGUGCCCGAUGUACGCGAGGAGCCUUCAUGUCACUCAUUAAAGUGGCAGAGAACUUUCGGCAGGAGCUGGGCUGUGAUUUCAUCCUGGUGAUAGACACCGAAGGCCUGAAAGCCCCUGAAAUGGCCAAGCUUGAAGACAGUUAUCAACACGACAAUGAGCUGGCCACACUGGUGAUUGGCCUGAGUGACAUAGCAAUCAUUAACAUGGCCAUGGAGAAUGCCACAGAAAUGAAGGAUGUUCUCCAAAUUGUGGUCCAUGCCUUUCUCAGAAUGGAGGAAAUAGGACAAAAAUCCAACUGCCAGUUUGUGCAUCAAAACGUCAGUGAUGUGUCUGCGCAUGAACAAAACAUGAGGGACAGGAAACACCUCCUGGAGCAGCUGAAUGAAAUGACCAAAGCUGCAGCCAGGAUGGAAAAACAACACAGAGAAAUUGUGUUUUCUGAUAUUAUGGACUAUGAUCCAGAGAAACACAAUUGGUACAUCCCUGGCCUGUGGCAUGGAGUCCCUCCUAUGGCUUCAGUGAACACCGGUUACAGUGAGAGGGUUUUUGGAUUAAAGAAAUAUUUGCUUGAAUUAAUAAGAAGCCAAAAUAGAUCCCCCAGGGACAUUCCCCAGUUUAUUGAAUGGGUGAGGAGUCUGUGGAACUCUGUAAAACACGAGAACUUCAUCUUUAGCUUCAGAAACAGUCUUGUAGCUGAAGCCUACAACCAGCUGUCAGUGAAGUAUGCAGAGUGGGAAUAGGGUUUCCGCAAGAAGAUGCAUCUUUGGGUAUCGGACAAAGAAACUUACAUCCAAAAUCAGCCACCAGAUAAACUAGACAUUAGUGCCUUAACCAAACUAAAGAGUGAGUCACAGGAGAAACUGGGCAAAGAAAGAGAUAAGAUUUUGGAUAAUUUGAAACAAUAUUUUGAAAGUGGAGCAGCAAAUCUGCACCUGGUUGAAAAGUACAAGGAAGAUUUUAGUAUGAGUGCAAAGGCCCUCAAAAAAGAACUUGAAACUUACUCAGUCAAGAAGUGUGAAGAAGCUAUUCAGAUUCAAAAAGGCAGACACAAGAUGGACAAUAUCCAGGCUGAUUACAUGAAAAGAAUUGAAGGGAAAGUUGACAGGCUCUUGGGAGAGUGCAAGGAGAAAGAAUGUAAACUAGAUGUUGAAGAAUUGGAGAAAGAAUUUGUAAAUAUGUGGAGAAAUACAAUAUCUGAGCUAGCUAGGAAUUUUGCUUUACCAAAACGGCAAAUUCAUGAGGAUAUGGAGAUACAACUGAGAAAGGAACUGGAGAAUCGAGGUAGCGCCGUCAAUCAGAUGCUGCAAGAAGUGAAAAGCUUGUUGAAUUAUAAAAUAAAUGCAUUCAAGAUGAAAAAUGAGUAUAUAGACUUACUGGGGACCAGAUCUACAGAAAAAUCAUUCAAAGAGGAAAGCUGAUAUAAAGCAGAGGAACUUGCUAACUCCUUAAUGGACCAGUGCAGGACUUACAUAGAGAAAAAGGUGAAUUCAAAAGUUGACUAUGAUGAAACCUUUUGUAGAGAAUUGCUGCAUAUGAUCAAUGAGAGGCUCAAAAAUGAAGAUGUUAAAAAGCUUCGAACUAGCACUUCCUUUGAAGUAGACCUGAAGCUUCAUAUUUUGGGGGAAGUUGCUCGUGCAUUUCAGAAGAUGCAUGAUGAUUUUAUUAAAGAAAACAAUGUUCAGCAACGUUUGGAGAAAUUGAAACCUCAGUAUCUCUCCACAUUUAGAGACCUUUACCAAGAAAAAGAUGCUUGCCAAAAUAAGGCCAGGGAUUUCUGUGAUCAGUGUCUUGAACCUGCACUCAUGCAGUAUAUUAACAAGAGACUUGGAAUAGAAAUAGUGGAUGAGUUACUGAGCAGUGGACAAUCGAUUCAAUACGGCAGCCGCAACUUUUUCCAGUUCACCUUGCUGAAGAGGCUGUUAGAAGAGAAGGAUUUUGAGAACUAUGUGAAAUACAUUAAUAGCUAUGAAGAGUUUGUCAAAACCUGGAUAUGGAAGCACCUUUCAGAUCACUAUAGAGAGGCCAAGGGCUUGGGAGAUUUGGAGCAAAAGAUUCUAUCCACCAUAAUGAAUAAAGUGAAGGAUAUUCUGAAAAACUCUGGAGAUGAAAACACUAAAACAGUCUCUGUCUUUUUAGACAACUUUUGCGAAAUUUUGCACCAGGACUUAGUCAUUUCCAAGGACAGUUUAGCAGGGGUACUGUUUAAAAAUACGGCUACAAGCGACCAGUUUUCUGAUGUUAUUCAAACCUACCUUUGCCAUCUGGAAUCACGAAUCUUAUCCAAAUUGAAAGAUGUGAAAAUUGAGUCCAAACUCUCCAGUCUGCCAGUGAAGCCCCAGGAUGAAAUCUUCAAGCGAGUGUUUGGCUGUGGGAAGCAGUGUCCGUUCUGUAAAGUGUCCUGUGAAGCGGGUGGCAAUGAUCACAAAGAACACUUUGCAUCAGUGCAUCUACCUCAGGGUUUGGCACGAUACAAGAAUCAACACACCAAAAAGCUUGACUGCUCUUUAUGCUCAUCUGAUGUGGUUUCUACCAAGGAAUUUAAAAUACCAGAUUCCAAUGGGAUAUUUCAUGCCUAUAAAGAUUAUCGGCGAUAUUACCCAGACUGGCGCAUUCAGCCGGAUAGCAGCAUCAAUGCUUCUGAUUAUUGGAAGUUUGUGUUUAAGCUGUUCAAUAACCAGUUUGCUGAGAGGUACCAUGCUGAGCCAGCCGAUCUCCCAGAUGACUGGAAAAAACUAACUGAAGAGAGAGCCUUGCACAGCAUAAAGGAGGCUUAUGGAAUGAAAUAAAAUCUUCAGUGGGAAAUAACCAAAACUCUCUUUAAAUGAGCCGGACAAUACCUAGAGGAUGUGUGGAGAGGAAACCCAGGGAACUUUUUACAUUUUAAUAAAAUAAAAUGUACAAAAUUCCCACCUUUAGAAGUAAAGACAGAGAUAUAGCUUGUGUCAGAGAUUUAUUUCUGUCAUUUUACCUUACUUAUUUAGUAUUUGUCUUAUUUUUAUUUUUUUACAUAAUUAAAGAGGAUUGAGGUACCAAAGCUGAAGAUUCUGAUAUUGCCUUUUAAUGAUGGAUCUGCAUUUCACUGAAGCAAUUAUU